AUGUCUACAUCUCUGUUACAAACCAAACUAAAUGAGUUAUCAAUUGAAGAACCAAAAGUUCUUGAAGGUUCUUUCCCAGAAGUUAACACUGUGGAUUUGAUGAGAAAUUACAUCACUCAAGAAUUAAGCAAAAUCUCAGGUGUUGACGAAUCUUUAAUAUUUCCUGCUUUAGAAUGGACUAAUACACAAGACAGGGGGGAUCUUUUAAUUCCAGUUCCAAGAUUAAGAAUCAAGGGUGCUAAUCCAAAGGAUUUAGCUAAAGAAUGGGCUGAAAAAUUCCCAUGUGGUAAAUACUUAUCAAAAGUAGAAGCUAAUGGCCCAUUUGUUCAAUUUUUCUUUGAUCCAACAUUCUUAUUCAAUAUUGUUUUACCAGAUAUUUUAACUAGAAAGGAAGAUUACGGUUCUUGCAAAUUAGUAGACAACAAGAAAAUUAUUAUUGAAUUCUCUUCUCCUAAUAUUGCAAAGCCUUUCCAUGCUGGUCAUUUAAGAUCAACCAUUAUUGGUGGUUUCUUAUCGAACUUAUAUGAAAAAUUAGGUUGGAAUGUCACUAGAAUGAAUUAUUUGGGUGAUUGGGGUAAACAAUUCGGUGUCUUAGCUGUAGGUUUUGAAAAAUAUGGUAGUGAAGAAGAAUUAGCUAAAGACCCUGUCCAUCAUUUAUUUGAAGUCUAUGUUAAAAUCAAUAAAGAUAUUGAAAAUGAAGGUGAUUCUUUACCAUUAGAAGAAUCUACAAAUGGUAAAGCUCGUGAAUAUUUUAAAAGAAUGGAAAAUGGUGAUGAAAGUGCUUUGAAAAUAUGGAAAAAAUUCCGUGAAUUAUCAAUUGAAAAAUAUAUUGACACUUAUGCUCGUUUAAAUAUCAAAUAUGAUAUUUAUUCAGGUGAAUCACAAGUUUCUCAAGCCUCUAUGGAUAAAGCUAUUGAAAUAUAUAAUGAAAAGGGUUUAACUCAUGUUGAUAAAGGUGCUACUUUAAUUGAUUUAACUAAAUUUAAUAAAAAAUUGGGUAAAGUUUUGGUUCAAAAAUCCGAUGGUACAAGUUUGUAUUUGACCAGAGAUGUCGGUGCAGCCAUGGAUCGUUAUGAACAAUACCAUUUCGAUAAGAUGAUCUAUGUUAUUGCCUGUCAACAAGAUUUACAUACUGCUCAAUUAUUUGAAAUCCUAAAACAAAUGGGAUUUGCUUGGGCUAAAGACUUACAACAUAUUAACUUUGGUAUGGUUCAAGGUAUGUCUACUAGAAAAGGUACUGUUGUUUUCUUAGAUAACAUUUUGGAAGAAACCAAAGAAAAGAUGCAUGAAGUGAUGAAGAAGAAUGAAGUUAAAUAUUCUCAAAUUGAAAAUCCAGAAGAAGUUGCUGACUUGAUUGGUAUUUCUGCUGUCAUGAUUCAAGAUAUGCAAUCUAAGCGUAUUAACAAUUACGAAUUCAAAUGGGAAAGAAUGUUAUCUUUCGAAGGUGAUACUGGUCCUUACUUACAAUAUGCUCAUUCUAGAUUGAGAUCUGUCGAAAGAAAUGCCAAGUCCAUUCCACCAUCUAAAUGGACCAAUGCUGAUUUCUCCUUAUUAAAGGAAGAUUGCGCAGUCUUGUUGGUUAGAUUAUUAGCUCAAUACCCAGAUGUCUUAAGAAAUGCUAUCAAGACUCACGAGCCAGCUACUGUGGUCACUUACUUAUUCAAAUUAACUCAUCAAGUCUCUUCUUGUUAUGACGUUUUAUGGGUUGCUGGCCAAACUGAAGAAUUAGCUGCUGCUCGUUUAGCUCUAUAUGGUUCUGCUAGACAAGUUCUAUAUAACGGUAUGCGUUUAUUAGGUUUAACCCCAGUUGAUAGAAUGUAA